AUGAUUCGAAAAUUGUCUUCUCACCACCACCUUUUAGUGAAAAAGUACUAUUUGCCACUAACAACCCUCACAAGAACCUAUCAUAGCACAGGUUCACUCCAUUCAUCAUCGUCUUCUCUGCCGAAAGUUUCAUCUUGGCACAAGACAUCAACAACAACUGUCAAAUGUCCCUUCGAUCAUCAAAAUUCAUCCAUGACCACAAUGAUCCACAACGAUCAAGUACCUGAAGAUUCCUUCUCAGAAAUGAACACUUCUUCAAAUCCUCCACAUCAUCAAUCUCUCAAAUCUUUUGAUGAUCUUCCAGGACCCAAACCUUUACCAUUCAUUGGAAAUUUAUUGGAAUUCUCGAAACAUAAAGGAAUUCCAAAUCAAUACUUGUACGAAUUGUGUGAACAAUAUGGAGAGAUGGUGAAAAUUAAAUUACCUUUUCACAAUGCCUUGCUCAUUUCGAAUCCAGAGAUUAUUGAACAAGUGGUGAAGAAGGAUGAUCGAAGAGAAUCUCCUCAAGCUUUGAGGUAUUUUAAGCAGAGAAAUAAUAUUGAAUUGUUACCUUUAGAAAUGAACUAUUAUGAAGAUUGGCAAUCCAUUCGAAAUUUAUACAACAUUGCCAUGAAACCUGAAAACUUGGAAAAAGUCAGCCUGCCACAAAUCACUCAACUCAAUAGUGACUUUUUGAAACUUGUCAUCAGUAAAUUGCAAAAAGUAGAACAACAGAAUGGACCUUUCAAGAAUACUUACAAGCUUGCCAAUGCCUUUGACAUUACCUCUGUGUAUACAUUUCGAGCAGUCACAAAAGUUUUUCUUGGUGUGAAUGUGAACAGUGAACUUGUGGAAAAACAACUUCCUUGGAGUAUUGAUGAAUUUGUGGAUGCAAGUGUAAGAGGAACAGAUAUAGCAAUUGCUCUCGGUAUGAAACCUCCUUUUUACAAGUUGUUUAAAACUCGUGAAUAUCGAGAAAUGGAAUUUCUUCUCAACAAAUCCUUUCAAGGUUGUAAAAUAUUUGUCAAAAUGUUUGACAAGAAUCCAAAUCCAGACAUGCCUCGUUUGAAGGAAUUGAUCGAUGAAAGAGCCUCUGGAAUGCCUAAUCCUGAACAGAAAACAGCUGGUGUUUUGAGUGCGUUUAUAACAGGAGGUGUGGACAUUACUUCACGAAUUAUGGUCAAUGAAAUUUAUCGUUUGGCCCAUCACAAGGAGUAUCAAGAAAAGUUAUAUGAAGAGUUGAGACAAGUAUUUGGAGAGCCUUCAGUGGAUGAAUUUACUUCUGAAUUUGGUUUACAAGUGACUGCAGACAAGUACAAGAAAUUGAAAUUGACAAGACAUUUCUUGGAAGAGACUCUUCGAAUGAAUUCUUUCUCUUACUUGACCAAUGGAAGAUGGUUGUUGAAUGACAUUGAAUUGAAUGGUUAUUUAAUUCCAAAGAACACUCGAGUGAUUAUUAUGACGUAUCAUCCAAGUAUGAAUGAAAAAUAUGUGCCUCGAGCGAAAGAGUUUAUUCCAGAGAGACAUGAAAAGGGACAUCCACUCGCUCCCAAAUCCAUGUAUUGCAAUCUUCCUUUUGGAAUUGGUGCUCGAAAGUGUCCUGGAAGUAGGAUUGCCAGUACCGAGUUGCAUUUUGCGCUCAUUAAUUUGGUCAGACACUUCAAGUUGACACAUGAACAUGAUGAAAAAUUUCCAGAAACGAGUCAUGAUCAAUCCAUGUUAUAUAUUGACUCUAAGAAAUAUCCAUUGUAUCUCACUCCAAGAGAUCAUUUGAAACCCAUUGUGGAAAAGCAUUUUGAAGAAUCAUCCAACAACAGGUUGUAA